AUGAUCGGAAUGCUCUACCCCAUUUUCUUCCUCAUCACGUUCAUGUAUCCGUGCUUCUGGAUCCUUCGAAACAUCGUCACGGAGAAGGAGCGCGGCAUUCGCGAGACGCUCAAGACCAUGGGACUCAAAGAUUUGGCGUUGGUGUGGUCCUGGCUCAUCAUCUACCUCUUCGAGUUCCUCCUCAUCUGCGUGGGCUGCACGCUCAUGCUUCUCCCCGUCUUCCAGUACUCCAGUCUUCUCCUCUUCGGAUUCUUCUUCUUCUGCUUCUCCUUCUCGCUCACGAUGCUCUGCUAUCUCAUCACGUCCUUCUUCUCCAACGCCAAAACCGCCGGACUGCUCGGCGUGCUCAUCAUCUUCAUCACCUACAUCCCCAGCGUGCUCCUGGUCUCCAACAACUCACGAGGACUCAAAGUGGGUCUGUCCUUCGACGCCACGAUCGCGUUCUCGCUCGGAAUCGAGCGCAUCGCGUCGCUGGAGGCCGAAACGACCGGUCUGAACUGGGGCAGUUUGUUUAUGUCGAUCGAAGGGUACAGCGUGCUGGAGUCGGUCAUCGCGAUGCUCGUCGACGGGAUUGUUUACUACUUCCUCGGCCGGUAUUUCGACCAGGUGAUUCCGAAGUCGUACGGACUCACGCAGCCGUGGUACUUCUUGUUCACGAAGGCGUUCUGGAAGGGCGAAAUGGUGCAGAAGAAGGUGCACGUCGAGCGAUCCGAGGAGGACCAGCGGUAUCUUCGCUUGGAGAGAGGCGUGAUGGGUAGACACGUGGGCAGAAAGUUCAUCGAGGAAGUGCCUGCAGACCUCCACGCGUUGGAGGGCGAGAACCGCUGCAUUCAGAUCAAGAACUUGGUGAAAGUGUUCAGCACGCCGGUGGGUCCCAAGAUCGCCGUGAACGAUUUGAACGUGGUGAUGUACGAGGGCCAGAUCUUCUGUCUGCUGGGCCACAACGGCGCCGGCAAGACCACGACGAUCAAUAUGCUGUGCGGCAUGCUGCCGGUGAGCGACGGCACGGCGACGGUGUACGGACUGGACAUCUGCGAAGACAUGCCUGCGAUUCGGAAUAUGAUGGCGGUGUGUCCGCAAUUCGAUAUCUUAUGGGACAACCUCACCGUGAAGGAGCACUUGUACAUCGCGGCGAAGCUGCAGAACGUUCCGAAGAACGAAAUCAACGAGCGAAUCAGCUCGCUGGUGUACGACGUGGGACUCACCGAGAAACUGAACAAGAAAUCGAAGACGCUGAGCGGAGGACAGAAGCGAAAGCUGUCGGUCGCGAUGGCGUUGAUUGGAAACAGCAAGGUUGUGUUUUUGGACGAGCCCACGUCCGGAAUGGAUCCGUAUUCGCGUCGAAUGAUUUGGAAUCUGCUUCGAAACUACCGCAGCGAGCGCGUGAUCAUUCUGACCACGCAUUUCAUGGACGAGGCCGAUCUCCUGGGUGACCGCAUCGGCAUCAUGAGCGACGGACAGAUGUUCACCUGCGGUACCAGCCACUACCUGAAGCACACAUUCGGCGUGGGGUACAAUCUCACCAUCGUUAAAAAGCCCGACUGCGACGAGGAUAAGCUCGAAAACACCAUUCUCGCGCACAUCCCCUCCGCCUCUCUCCUCACCAACGUCGGUGCCGAGAUGACCUAUCAGCUCCCGUUCAACACCUCCGAUAAGUUCGUGGCGCUCUUCACCGAGUUCGACGACAACCUCGCGAGGCUCGGCAUCCAAACCUACGGCGUGUCGGUCACCACCAUGGAGGAGGUCUUCUUGAACUCCACCAAGGUGGUCGACAAGGAGUUCGCUCGCUCCCUCAGCAGCAAGCGCAAUCUCACCGGGCAGGGCGUGUCCUGCGCGGAGGGCGCGCGCCACCUCGCCGUGGACCGCGAAGAAGAGAAAAAGCGCGCGCAGCGGAAGGACUUCACGCGCACGUCGUCCGAUCUGAACGAGAAGCUGUUCGGCCGGCACUUCCGAGCGAACUUCCAGAAGCGAUUCCGCUACGCGAUGCGCGACAAGAAGAUGUUCAUUAUGGAACUGCUGAUCCCCGGAAUCUUCACGCUGCUCGUCUUCACCAUGGUGAAAGUCAUUUUCUCCUUCACCAACGUGGACUCCUACCCGAUGGACACGCGCUACUACAACCCACAGCUCAAUGAGACGUUCGAAGGGCGGAGCCGCUUUGUCUACGACGAUUUCUCGCUGAACACCACCGACACGCUCGCGUUGUUCGACAGUUUCCCGCGGGACCGCUUCACGCCGCAGUCCGUGAACAUCACGGACCUCAAAACAAACGAAGUCUGCUCGAGCCUCGCGAAAUAUCUCUGGUGCAACGACCCCUAUUACCCUCCGAGCGAUCUGGAGAUGGAGAUCAUCGCGAUGUCGCGCUUCCUCCUCGACGACCGCUCCAACCAUCAAGACGCGUUGUACCACGCCGGGUUCUUCCGCUCCAUCGACCUCGCUGCGCGCUCCUUCGACUUCUUCAGCAUGGUGAACACGACCUCCGCGCACGGCUCGCCGAUCUUCCUCAACGCGCUGGACGUCGCGCUGAUGCGGUACUACCGCGAGGACGACGCGGCGGAUAUUCACGUCAGCAAUCACCCGCUUCCUUUGAAUCAAGCCACGCAGGAAGUCACGUCGCAGGCCAUUUCGAUGGGCAUUUCCCAGGAUCUCGUGAUUGCCCUGGCCUUCGUGCCGGCAUACACGGUUCUGUUCUUGGUGAAGGAGCGCGAAGUGGGGAUGAAGCACCAGCAGAUCAUCAGCGGUAUCAAUAUCCCCGCGUAUUGGCUGAGCGAAUUCACGUUCGAUACUUGUCUGUACAUCAUCGUGGUGGCGAUUGAGGUGCUUCUAAUGGUGCUUUUCCAGAUGGACGACUAUCUCAAAGACGGAAAAGCGGUCGCUACGCUAUUGCUUUUCUUCUUCUACGGAACGGCCAGCACGUCGUUCGUCUCCAUGCUGCAGUACAUCUUCAAAAGCCACACCAUCGCGCUGAUUGUGACGCUCUUCGUGAACAUUCUCUGCGUCAUCAUGGAGCUCGCCUCCUUCAUUAUGACCACCAUCAGCUCCACUUGUCGCGUCGCUCGCGUGCUCAACUUCGUCCUCUUCUAUCUCUUCCCCGGCUUCUCUCUCGGAAUGGGCCUCAUGCGUCUCUCCAUGCUCUCCAUGAUGAGUCUCUUCGACCAGAUCUGCGACUACUACUACGAUGGAACCAUCAGCUUCUCUACGGGCACGCCCGAGCCGCUCUCGUUCGACGGCAUCGGCUACUCGCUCGUCUACCUCGCGUGCGAGACCGUGGUGUAUCUGGUGAUCGCCAUUCUGCUGGACUACGCGACCAACAGCAUUCGCGUCAAGAUGUACUUCUCUCGCCGCGACAUCAACGUGAAUCGCAGCAAGGAGGUCGACAGCGACGUGCAGGCCGAGGAGGACCGCGUGAUGCGCUCCAAUCCCAAGACGACCGACGACGUGAUCCAGCUCCGCCGUCUCCGCAAGGUGUACAACGGCGAGAAGGUCGCUGUGGAUCGAAUCACGUUCGGUCUGCAGCGCGGCCAGUGCUUCGGACUGCUGGGCAUCAACGGAGCCGGUAAAACGACGACGUUCUCGAUGAUUUCGGGCGAGAACGCGCCGACGAAGGGAACCGCCGUGCUCUGCGGCAUGGACAUGAUCGAAGAGCCCGUCAAGGUGCGUCGACUGCUCGGCAUGUGUCCGCAGUCGCACGCUCUGCUCGAUCUGCUGACGGUUCGCGAGCAUCUGGAGCUGUUCGGGCGCAUCAAAGGCGUGCCCGAGGCCGACAUGAACGACGUGAUCGAGUACCGAAUGGAAGACAUGGGCAUCAAGCAGUACGAGAACAAGAAGGCCAUGUCGCUCUCCGGAGGAAACAAGCGAAAGCUCUCCGUGGCGCAGGCUUUGAUCGGCAACCCGCCGCUGGUUCUGAUGGACGAGCCGUCGACCGGAAUGGACCCGGUCUCGCGCCGCGCGCUGUGGGACAUUAUUAGCAUGGUGUCCGCGAAACGCAAGGAAUGCACGAUUAUCAUCACGACGCACUCGAUGGAGGAGGCGGAGGCGCUGUGCACCAAGGUGGGAAUCAUGGUGGGCGGUCGUCUGCGCUGCUUCGGCACGAUCCAGGAUCUGAAGAGCAAGUUCGGCCAUGGGUACACGCUGAACGCGAAGUUCUGCGAGCCCACCGAUGAGGAAGUGGAGGAAGUGAAGCGGACGCUGCCGAAUAAGCACGAAAUGCUGAACCGAACGGAGGUGUUCGAGGUGCUGUCCGCGUUGGAAACGACCGAUUUGAAGGAGGAAAUCACGAUUAAUGGCUCGGGCUGGGUGAUCGACACGGAGCUAACGAAGCGAGGAGCGGUGGCGAUGGACGUAUUGAUCGAUUGGUGGAUUACGGAAGUGCGGUACAUCGACUAUAUGGACUUUUUGGAGGAGAAAUUCAACGCGGUGGAGCUGCUGGAGCGCCACGGCAACAUGGUGACGCUGCGCGUGGACACCAAGGGAAUGAAGCUCUCCGCGAUCUUCAGCUUCAUGGAGGAGAUCAAGAAGAAGUGCAGUAUUGAGGAGUACUCCAUCGCCCAGAUGACGCUGGAGCAGAUUUUCAACUUCUUCGCGUCGCAGCAGGAGGAAGAGACGCGCGAGAUCCAGGGAGUGAACAAAAAGCGAAGCGCUGAGGCAUCCAAUUAA